AUGUUGCCUUUUGUUGCAGGGCCAGCCUGGCAAAACAGGAGCCAGAGGGCCAAUGGGUGAUCUGGGUUCCAAGGGUAUGGUAGGACCUCCUGGCCCUCCGGGACCUCAAGGACCCAAGGGUGCUGUGGGAACACCAGGGCAGCAGGGAAUUGCAGGAGCCAGGGGACCAAGGGGUGAUCCUGGAGCAGAUGGGCCUGCGGGUGAAAUGGGCCCACCGGGUUUGCCAGGUGCACAGGGACCCCAGGGACUGCGUGGUCAACCUGGAAAUCCUGGUCUUCCUGGCCCCGAUGGACCCGCUGGAGAAAAAGGUGAAAGUGGUUCACCGGGACCCCCAGGACCUUCAGGACCACAGGGCGACCCAGGACCGAAGGGUACAACUGGACCAGAGGGAAGAAAGGGACAGAAAGGCGAGGCUGGUGAAAGAGGGUCCACUGGCUCCAAAGGCUUUGCAGGUGCACCAGGAGAUAAGGGUCCUGCGGGCAUCCCUGGAGAUAGUGGAGUACCUGGUGCUCAAGGAGCUCCUGGUGAAAUAGGAAUACAGGGCCCUCCUGGCGCAUCAGGUCCUGUUGGACCCAAGGGGGUCAUGGGAACCCAAGGCUUACCCGGCUUACAAGGGAAUAAAGGUGAAAAGGGCAGCACUGGCAGAACUGGAAGAAGAGGACCACGAGGUGCCAGAGGAGAUAAGGGCGGAGUGGGUGGAAAAGGCGAGAGGGGUGGUCCUGGCGCUAGGGUGAGUAUUGUUUAGUUUUAUGACUCUGCA